AGGCUGCCUGUCUCAACAGUUAGCAGAACACAUCAGCUUUUUGUAGGAGCUGCUUGUUGGUUUUUGUGCUAGACUGAGAAAAUAACAUCAGCAAGAUGAUGCCUGCAGUUACACUCAGCACUGGAGCAAAGAUGCCUAUCGUGGGUUUGGGAACAUGGAGGGCGGAACCAGGAAAGGUCAGCGAGGCUAUAAAGGUGGCUAUAAGUUGUGGCUACAGGCACAUUGAUGGUGCUUAUGUGUACGAGAACGAGGAAGAAGUUGGGGCUGGAGUUCGUGCUAUGAUUGACCAAGGAGUGGUGAAGAGAGAGGAUUUAUUCAUCGUUAGUAAGCUCUGGAGUACCUUCCACAUUCCAUCCCUGGUGAGGGGAGCAUGUGAAAAAACUCUAAGAGAUAUGAAACUGGACUACUUGGAUCUUUACCUCAUGCAUUUCCCAGUAGGGAUGAAGCCAGGGGAUACUAUUUUUCCUUUAGAUGAGGAAAAGAAUGUAAUUUCUGACGACAGCUGCUUCUUGGACACUUGGGAGGCUAUGGAGAAGCUGGUGGAUGAUGGGUUGGUCAAAGCUAUUGGCAUCUCCAACUUCAACAAAGACCAGAUUGAAGCUUUACUCAACAAACCUGGCCUCAAGCACAAGCCUGUUAACAACCAGGUUGAAUGCCACCCGCUCCUGACCCAGGAGAAAUUGAUCAACUACUGCCACUCAAAAGGCAUCUCAGUGACGGCUUAUAGCCCUCUGGGCUCCCCUGAUAGACCCUGGGCUGCCCCUGAUGACCCUUCUCUGCUAAAUGAUCCUACCAUCAAGGCUAUGGCUACUAAGUACAACAAGACUCCAGCACAGAUUCUCAUCAAGUUCCACACCCAAAGGAACGUGAUUGUCAUUGCCAAGUCAGCAACACCCCAUCGCAUCAAGGAAAAUAUCCAGCUGUUUGACUUUGAGUUAAGCAAAGAAGAUUUGAAGACCUUGCUGAGCUUGAAUAAGAACUGGAGAGGAUUCCCAGCACCAUGGGCUGCAAAACACAAAGACUACCCCUUUCAUACAGAAUACUAACUCAAGACAACAUGAUGCUGCUCCGUUUCUGGAUUACAUCCCAUUAAAAAAAGAAAUCAAAACAAUUGUGAUCUUACUACAACCUCACAAAUGUGCCUAAUUUGUUCUGGUUUUUACUGAAUAUAGUUGUAUAUUUUCUGGAGAAUUAAAUAAAUUUAACAAUA